AUGAAGCUAUGUGGUCCUACCACGGCCCGCCGCCGCGCCGCCAUGUCGUGGUUCCGCUCCGCGCUCAGCAUAGGCGCGGAGGCCGCCAAUGCGAGCGGCAAGGCGGUGGGGUCGGGGUUCGAGCGCGCGAGCUCGUUCGCGUCGUCGGUGGUGCAGCGCGCCAAUGACGCCGUGCUGCUGGCGGGCGACGCGGUGGAGCAGGGCGCCAAGAUGGUCUACGAGCACGCCGAACACGCUGUGGUGCGUCUCCCUGCCACCGCCGCCGCCGCCGCCGAAGCCGCCACGCUGUGCGAGCGCCCCCCGCGUCAUUCCUUGCGCAUCCCUUCCACCGCCCGCCCGCGCUAUGCUUUUGCCGCCGCUGCAUGCCUUCACUCUCCAUCGCGUUUGAGUGCUCAGCAUGUGCCUUUGCCUCCAUCUCACGGUCUCGCCAAUCCUCGCGUCUCCACCUUCCCACCCCCCGCGCAGGGCGGCGCGUUGGCGCGGCAACACAACAGCUUCCGCCACGCCGUGCGGCGCAUCGAGGAGGUGGCGAUGCUGGCGUGCGGGGCGGAGCGCAAAGAGGCACUGGCGCGCUGGCUGGGCGCGCUGGCGGAAAUCAGCGCGGAGAGAGAGCAGGCGGAGCGCGGAGAGAAGGAGCUGGCAGCGCUGCAGAAGCUGGGGAUGGGGCUUGCGCUUGGGGGGAACGCGGCAGCGGGUGGGGGGAGCGAUGGUGGUGGGGGUAGCGGGAAGAAUGACUCAGCGGAGGGCGGGGCGGGGGAGGCAGCGGGGCAACGGGCGGCGGAGGCAGAUAGUGUGAAGAUUGUAAAUUGA